GCUGCAACUCUCUUUGAACUGGAACAUUGAAACUGCCCCAUCACCACGAAACUCGGCACCCUACGACCGCGACUGCGCAACAGAAGCAGUUCGCACCUCAACGACGUCCAGGAGCACAUUGUUCCGUCGAUCUUUCCACGUCGAUAACGACCCGGCUUCUGCGCGUCCGUUGCCCUGAGUACGCCUGUCGCAUCGAGCAUCCGAUUCUUUUGGCGUUUUGGCUUUCGGCUGCCUUUUUGCUUUUGAGCAAGGGCGGUCCCUUAUAGCGACGAGCAACGACCAAGUCCUUUUCUUUCUCCUUCCACCUUUUCUCGGUGGAGCCGACCGAUUGACGAUUUUUCCACGACCAUACGAAGAUUUACCCCCCUCCGUGUCGCAGGACGAAUCCCCCAGCCGAUACAUGAAUUUUCGCCCUACUGCCGGACCGUUUUUCUUCUUUUAGUCGGCUGUUGUUGGCGCAUGCGCUCCGCGACCGUGUGCGGCGAACCUUUGAUGAUACGAACGACCGACACGAACAACAACGAGCGAGCGGCCGACAGUUGCCGAGUGUGUGCGCGCGGUCACUGCUAUUGAAAACUGAAAUUGGAGUGACUGGCACCUGCCAUUUUACCCCAUGGUGACGGCUUCCUAGGUGACCGACUACCCGCUGGCCUACCGGACCUACGCGUUCAACGUCGCGUGUUGCCUGUUAGGAUUACUUUACAGGCAGUCGGAUUCGGCAGACGUCAUUGCGAAAGUCUCACACUGUUUACUGGCCCUUUUCGAGGAUAUUUGAGCAGUUUGGACGACGGGUGUGUUGACGGCAGCCGCCGACAGCAGUGCGGGAGAGAGCCACUCCAGCAAAAGAUGGCGGGCGCGUUCAGGAUGGAAAACGGUACACAGAAUGGCGUGCGCAGCAAUCACGACAGAGAGGGGUGGACGAACGGCGUGAAUGGGGACAAUAUCAAGCAGGAGCACCGUUCGGAAAAGGGCAAGGGGGUUGCUGGCGAUUCGGGGAUGGAGGCUGGGUAUGCUGGCAAUGGGCCACAGGUGAAGCUGGAGGAACUACCGGACGAGCUCCAGCACAUCACGGCCGAGAUAAUACCGCUCAACAUGCUGCUUUCACGGCUGGCGCAAUACUCGCACGGGGCCCUUCAAGACCAGAUCUUACGGCUUGAGUCGAUGCCAUUACCGCAGAACCUGUCCAAUGGAAACGGCAACUACCACCCCACCACACAGGAGGAUACUUCGCCGGAAAGUUUGGAGAAGAAGAGGAUGCUUCUCAAUUUCAUACAGGAUCUGCACACACGAUGGGUUAAAGCUCUGGUUCUGACGGAAUGGAGUAAAAAGGCGGACCAGGUUGGGAAGCUCAUCGACAUCAGGACUCAUCUGGCGAGCAAGCUCGAGUUGUUUAGCGUGACGAUCUGGGAAAUGAUCAAGACGAAGCAGGAUAUGUUGUGGGCCAAGAUUCCGAGUCCAGAUCUCAAGACUGCGCUUGAAGUUCUUGCCCGCCCGAAAAUCCAUUGGAUGCCUGACUUUGACUAUCUGCCACUUCCGGAAAUCACACCCGAGGAAUCGGAUGCCUGGAUUGAGGAGGUCAACACCCUCUUGAGCGCCAGACUCAGCCUUGAAGAAUUUGAAAGGAUACCAGCGCCAUUUGCCGAUUACAAAAUCGACUCUGGUGUCGCCACGUUCUCUAUCCCGGGUGAAUUCGAGGUUGACUUGACGAUUGGGGACGAUGACUUUGAGAAGCAGUUCUGGUUCAUUGAUUUGAGAAUGACUUAUCAACCAACACCACCGCCACUCUCGGAGCAAGCCCGGUUGGCUGCCGAAACGAAAAUAAACAACGCCUUGGGGACCGAUGGGUUGCUGGGCGCUUACAACUACCUUCACGACCUUACCUUGACCGCCAAAAUCGGGGAGUUCACCCGUCAGGCUUGGCAAUUGCGAGCGGGCAGGUGGGUUGACUGCUUGCAAGUCGAGCGGCUGAAUCGUGCUGUGGCCGUCCACUACUGGGCCAACCGUCCUCAUUCCAAGGGCAACAAGAGUUGGAUUAUUCUCGGGGUGAACAGCAGUAAAGGCGAGGAUGGAAGGCCAGAUCCGAAACACCCGAGUUACAUCACCCUUCGCUGGUUCCGUGACGGUGUCGAGGUCAAGGACUUUGACAUUAGCUUUGACGUGGACAAUAUCAGCAUGGAUAGUCUCUUGGAGGCUGUCAUCUCGAGGCAUAUUGAGCACAUGCUGUCGUCCAUGUACAACAAGCUUGCGAGCAAGCCCCGGUUUACUCACAAGCAGGGGAGGCUUACGCUGUGCGGGUCCAGGAAGACACCCGGGGACUUCACGCUUAGGAUGCAGGUCCUCGAUGACAAGGAUGUUACCGUGGGCAUGGAUCUUUACACAGGGGCGUUUACCCUGCAGGCUCAGUCACCGAUGGCGGCGGACGUACAGAGGAGGCUGAACACGUUUGCGAACCCGGCCGAGGAGGGUGCGAAUCUGUUGGAGCUGUUGCGCUGCCACUAUGCGACCACUGCCUUGAUGAGCAGGGCUAAGAGUAUUCGGUGGAUGGUGUCGAGAGGGUCGCCGCUCAGUAUGGACGAGAUGAAAUCUAUUGUCUACUCUGGUCCUCCGUCGACGAGGGAACCGUUCCAGACGGUGUGGAUGAAGAAGGUGGGCUGGAACCCGCAAUGGUUCAUUUUUAUGAGCAUGAGCCUUGGCGGGGACCAGUGGUGGUUGGUUGAAAUUCCUAACCCCCAACAACAACAACGGCCAGGCGCAACCGGGACCCGGGUCAAGAUGUACACCAAGAUGCCCAUGGCCACCGAGCAGCUCCGCCUUUCGGAUCAGUUUUUUGAGAACCUUACCCUUUAUGCGACCGGCAUGAUUGCGCAAAUCACCGAUCUCCGUGAGCUCCAUAGUAAGCGCAUGGCUCACACCACUCGCGAGGCUGUCAACUACAGUCUUCCUGCGCAGAUCAAGAUGCCGACGGUGUAUGUCCGGUUGUCAGACAUGCUAGGCCCCAAGGGUGGUGGUCGUGGGCUGUGCUGGGCGCAGGAGUACAUCCCUAUCGUCUUCAAGGGUGUCCAGGCGGAUAGCCCGAUGAAGAUAAUCGCCGAGGCGAAACUCACAGUGACGAACCGGAAAAGGUUUCAGUUUUUGAAGGGGAAUGUCGACCAUGACGUCAACUAUAACCCGAAUAUCGGGCAGUUUUCGUUGAGGCUGAGAGGGGAGAUGGGGGCGACGGUCAUAACGCUGCUUACGUCCCGGAUCCAGGCGCUGGAUAAACUGAUUGAGCUUGUUGAGGCGAUUGGGAGGGCUGGGAAGGCGGUGGUUCACCAGAGUGUGACGCUGAGGGAGGUGGUGUUUACUUAUACUGAUAGCGUCCCGACGGAAAGUCCUGAACAGCAAGCACCGAACAAUACCCGACAAGAACAACAUCGACCGUGGAGAGUCCGCCUCGACCUGACAAAAGAACGGGGGGUGAAGGUUGAUCUCGAAAGGGGCAAUCCCCACUACCCGGUUAUUGACUACAUUAGGGAAAUGGCCAACUCGCCUGACUUUGAGAAUCUACCGUCGUGGCUGGUGCUGAGUCUACCGCUCUAUCGGGCGCUGGAGAAGUUGGGUGGUGUGGAGCAACCGGGGGUGGUGGUCACGGUGCUGCACAGGGGGCUGAACUGGGUGACGAUUCGGUGGGUGGUGCAAGGGAGGAAGGUGAACGUGGAGGUGAAGCCGAGGAGGAGGCAGGGGACGUUGAUGUGGAGUUUGUCGAGGGUGGUUGAUUCCCCGGAUUCUUCUUCUUCUUCCAAACCCCCUCCACCUGAACAAAAUGACGAGUUUCAGAAGGUGCUGGUGGAGAAGGUUUGGAACGAAAAGGGGAACGGGUGGAAGGGGUUGACGACGGGGGCGGCGGCGAGCUUGGAGGGGGGGGUGGAGGAGAUUGUUGGGUUGGUGGAUGAGGUUGUUAGGGGUGUUGCUGUUGGGGGACCUCAGCAACAGCUGCCGCACCAUCAGGGCGCUCCUCCGCAACCGACACCGCAGCAGCAGUUCCAGCAGGCGCAGGCGGCGAGGUUUCAGCAGCAGAUGCAGCAGAGGCAGCAGCAGCAGAUGCAGCCGGCGGCGAAUAUGACUGGUGGUCCUCCUCCUGCGCAACCGGUGAUUCCACAGGCGAAUAUGAUGAACCGGGGAGCGUCGGGGCAGGGUCAGCAAGGGAGGCAAGGGGGAAAUAAUCAGCAGGGUGGUUAUGGGAGUAGUAUGGCCAAUGCGCUCGUGUUGGAUUAGAUGUUGGCACGCGGGGGGGGGGGUUGGGAUGGGGUUAGGACUUGAAAUAACUAGCAUCAGCGAUAAGUAGCAAAAAAGCGAAUACGUUGCUGUUAAGGGGGUUUGGGGGUGGAGGGCAUAGCAAAAAAGCGGAGAUGAAUAAACCGCAGGAACAAACAUCUUUUUAUGCUUUUGAGAGUGGUGGCAUGUUUUGGUUUUGUGUUUAUAAAGACUUUUUUUUUUUUUUUGACACCCCCGAAGAAAGUUUUGGAGGGAAGGUAUAUGCAUUCAUUGCAAACGGGUGGCAUGACAUGGCAUCGCCGUUGUGGGUGAUCAAGAGAGAAGAUGAAUAAAGGAGAUUCAUAACAUGAGUUUGGUCAUUGGCGAGGGUUGAUGUUGUUUGAUGAUGUUUGGUAAAAUUAGACCAUGAUACCAAAGCGGAGUUUUUAUGGGAGAUUUUAUUUUAUACAUGCCUGUGGGAUGGGUGUGGUUGUUAUGUGAUGAUGAGCGAUGUGAGAUUUAUCGGUGUUUGUGUGGUUGUGAGUGUGAUGAUGAG